AUGAGUGAAGUGAGUACAGCAGUAAAUGCACAUUACGAGAGCAGUGGUCGCGUCGGUGCUUGUACCCAUUUCCAAUCGAAGCACAAUAAGGAGUACCCUUCACCCGGCAACGUGAGAGUUUCAACAUAUGUGCGAUCAGGCGCUUUAUCAUGGAAAACGAGCUGUGCUCUUCCCAAGGGAAUGCAAAUGGUGGCCUUGUUGGCAAAAUUAGCUCGUCCAAGUGAGAGUGGACAAGAAGAUGGUGCGACGCUGGCCGGGAGAGAAAAAGAGAACCUGAUACCCCCUAUGCUAUUGGCAGCUUUGACGACAACGGCCACAAGAUCGGAGAAAAGCGCAAGGACACUCGAAAGGGAAGUCAUCACAAGCACCGCCGCCUCUGAGGUUGCUGCGUCUGGCGUGCCGCGGGAGAGCACUACGAGCUCUAUUGUGACUGCUGCCGACACAUUCACUGGCAUCCUCAAAACGAAACACGGUGGAAAAGGCUGGAAACCAAAGUUCUGUGCUCUGAACAAAGACGUUGGACUACUAAGUGUGUACAAAACUGAGGAGCAUCGGUUGCGUGGUCGUCGCGAAAACUGCUUCCACCUCACGACUUCAAUCGUAGAACAAGUCGCCGGAACCCGAACUCAGUUCUCACUCACAGACUCAAAGGGAAAGACAAGUAGAUUCAAAGCUGUGGACGAGGCUGCCAAGAAAGAGUGGGUGAGACAGAUCAAGUCCAUAGUCCAGAUGCACUCGGCAGUCGAACACCAGAGACAGUCCAGAGGUAUGGCAAUCAUUGCACCCGUUUAUGCUACCCAGCUUCUGGACCAAAGUGAGAGUGCACAGGUGGCAUUCAUCCAGGCUCGGACGGAGGCAGAGAAACAUCUGCAGAGUGUGAUGGCCCAGAGGCGGAACUUGAUUCACGCCAUCAAAGAAGACAACACAGUAACUGUGGACGAGCAGCGAAACCUUCGCAAGUUCUUCGAGAUAAGUCGCACUUACAUAGACUGUGUGAUAGAAGCUGUGAACAAACUGGACGACAAUCAGGACUCCCUGUCCAGAGAUCACCAGGAGCAGCAGGGAUCCAAGACAUCCGAGACAUCCACUCCCUUCGUGGGUAAGACACCCAGACUAGUUCGCAUGCAAACCUGGUCCGACACUCAGACCGAAUGGUUUGAUGCCAAGUCAGAUGCCCCCACCCACUCGGAUGACAGAAGCAGCAGUGAAGGGGAGCCUAGUACUAUCUAUGGACCCAGUAGGGCCACUGCUGGGGGUACAGAUGAAGGGGAUGAUGGAAGUGGAGGGGAGAGGGAUGCAGAUAAUGCGUCACCUUCUGUAGUUCGAGAAACUGCCUACGACGAAGAUGAAUCGGAAGACGAAGGCAAUGACGGCACCGAGAAUAAAAAAGUGCUCAGCUCCAUGCUCGGAGGGGUUAAAGGCGGCGACCUUUCCAAAACAGCAAUGCCAGUGUUUCUGCUAGCCAAAAUCAGGGAUCAAAAUUGUUUCGAUUACGAUAGCAUGCUGGAAAAAUUUGCCAACUAUUUUGCAAAUGCAGACUACUUUCCCGGAUAUUCCCACGUGUUAACGCCAGAUAACCCCAAAGAUCGCUUUCUGGAUGUCGUAAAAUGGUACAUAUCCUCAUUCAAACCAGGGUGGAGUGACCGCUCUAAGAAACCAUUCAACCCAAUUCUGGGUGAAGUUUUCGAAUGCUAUUACUACUCUAGUGACUUGAUAGUCCAGCCACCGGCACCCGCUGGACAAUAUCUCGGAACAAAUAACCUUGACGUUCCGAAUGGAGCAAACUCGAGACCCGGUAGCCGAACAUCGUCUCGCAUGGACGUUUCGGGUGAUCCGAGUCCUAUUCCGUGGGCAGGCGAAGAAGACGUCAUUUUCAUAGCUGAACAAGUGUCACAUCAUCCCCCAAUCACAGCUUUCUAUGCUGAAUCUUUGAAGAAACGAAUCCAAAUGACGGGCCAUGUUUUGGCCAAGAGCAGUUUGUCAGGACUAAGCGCAGUCGCAAAAAUGGAGGGCGAAUCUCUGUUGAAAUAUUUGGACUACAACGAAACCUACCAAAUCCAGUACCCAACAGUAUACGGCCGGAGUAUCUUAUCCAAACCCUGGGCUGAAUUGGGCGACAAGGGUUCAGUGACGUGUCUCGAAACUGGUUUCAGAGCCGAGGUCACAUUCCACACGAAGGGGUCAUUCGGAUCAGCUGCCAAUUUACACUCCGUGUCGGGGAAGUUGUUCAACAAAGAGGAUGUUCAGUUUGCUGCUUUAAAAGGUCACUGGAACAAAGAGGUGAAAAUAUUCACUGCUGACAGUAUCGACAAAAAGACCAAGAUCUCAGAUGAUAUGUGGAGACCAUUUUUGACUGUAGAUGGAAUGACAAUUCUGAAGAAACGAGUCAGACCGCUUGACGAGCAACAAGAGUACGAAUCACGUCGUGUGUGGCAAGAUCUAAUCGCCAACCUCAAAGAACGGAGCUGGCCGGAGGCCGAGAAAGCCAAACACGCAGUCGAACAAGCUCAGCGUGAGAAGAAAAAACAAAUGGACAAAGAAGGGGAAGUCUGGGAAAAUCGUUUGUUUGAGGUGUACAAAAAAGGAAAAGACUAUGAUUAUUGGAAGUAUAAACAUUCUUUGGAAGACAGAGAUAACAGCAACUAAGAUUUGACAUUGAUCUUAGCAGCUCC